AUGGCUGACAGGUGUUUUGUUAUGGCUUCUUUUCUGAUUGUUAUGAUUUCUAGUCUUUUGGUGCUCUUGAAGGAACAUUUAUUCCUGCUAAGACGUCACCUAGAUUCUACAAGAAGAAAACAAGCUAUUUUAAAGCUUUUGACUUUCCCAGCUUCGAGAAAAUCGAAGAUAAAACGUCUCUCUCGAGGCUUGCCUAAACCUCGAAGGUUUUGGACAAGACCUGGACGAAGUUCAGUGUGGUGGGACAACUUUGUCGCCAGAAUUGUCGUGGAAGAAGAGUGGAGGGAAAAUUUCCGAAUGAGUAGGAACUCUCUGUACGCUCUAGCUUUCAAAUUGAGGCCGUACAUCGAAGGAAAAGAAACAAGAAUGCGGUCGCCGAUCGACGUGUCUGUCUCCAAAGUAGUUCGACAAGUUUGCAAAGCGAUUGCCAUUCACAUUGGACCUGAUUACAUUCAUUUGCCAACUACAGAAGAGGAUAUAAAAGACUUAGUUGCAAAAUUUCAUGUAGCUCAUGGCUUUCCUCAGUGCUUAGGAGCAAUUGACGGCACCCACGUCGAAAUUAAGCAGCCAAAGGCAAAUAGCACAGAAUAUAUAAACAGAAAAGGACACUACAGUGUCAACGUUCAGGCUACUUGUAACUAUGAUUAUCGUUUUAUUGAUGUUUUCAUUAAGUGGCCAGGCAGUGUCCAUGAUGCUAGGGUGUUCCAAAAUUCCCAAAUGAACCAAGUCUUGAGAGAUGGCACCAUACCACAAUGCAGGCGGAUAGUAGUUCCUGAUGAGGACCCUAUUCCGGUAUUCCUUCUGGGAGACCUGGCUUACCCAUUGAUGCCCUACCUGAUGAAGGAAUAUUCUAAUGGUGGAGCUACAGUCCAGGAGCAGUACUUCGGGAUGACUCUGUGUCAGUCCAGGAAGGUCAUCGAGUGUGCGUUUGGAAGAUUAAAGGCAAGGUUUGGGUGUCUUAAGAGGGCCAUGGACAUAAAUUUGAAUGAUCUCCCAUAUGUAAUAUAUGCAUGUUUUGUUCUUCACAAUUUUUGUGAGAUGAGAAAAGAAAAAAUUGGAGAGAACAGAGUUCUGGCAUCCAUUGCUUUUGAUAAACAUUUCCAGCCAUUAUCAAAUACAAAUAAUUUUAUAACAGACAGCAAUGAGGCAGAAGGAAAAAGAGUCAGGAGAGUUUUAACUAAAUAUUUUGAUCCAUGA